CGCGGAUGAACCGCUGCCCGCGGGGCUGGCGGGAGGGGCCGGGAGGGGGGGUGCCACACCGCGCCACACAGCUCGGACACGGCGAGGAAAAGCCAACCGUGGGGCCGAGACGAGCGCUCGACAACCGCUUGACGCAUUAACUGCUGACCCCAUUUGAACUCAGUUAAUAACCAGAACAGCUGCACCUACUGAGGUAUGUAAACAAUCACAUAUUUUCUGCAUGUAGCUAGCCUUGUUAUAUUAGCUAGUACCAGCAAUAGUAAGUAGUACUAACAGGGCUAAGAAGGGCAUAGGAUUAAUUAACAGAUAAGUGCAUUACUUACUUUGGAGCAGACCAAGGUGUGCCUGUUUAUUUUUGAGGGAUUCGGCAGACUAUGCAGAUGACCACAGCUUUAUCCAGAGUCUGCGUUGAGUUAACGGGUGAGCCCCCUUGAAGUCCGUUGCCAACCAACUACAACGACAGCACUUACCGAGGCUUUUCGAAGCUCCCACCCGGCGUUUGGGCGGCCACGGCCUAGCUUGCUGCCGCUCGCGUAUCCAACGCCGCUCCUCGCGCCUCUUCAAGCGCACCUCCCGGCGCUCCCUCUGCCGGCUGAACUGGAAACGCUGCAGGAACAGGUCCUUGGCGUAGUCAUACAGCUGCAUGUCCAGGAAGUUGAGCUCCUCGAUGCGUCGGCGCACGGGCUCGCUCAGGUCCACGUUGGCGGCGCGCGUGCUGUUGAUCUGCGUGAAGGGCGAGAUGAAGCGCAGGCUGAACGUCCGCUCGAACAGGUUCAUACAACUUCAUGUUGACACGAUGAAGAUGAGGAAUAUUAUCCUGCUGUCCCUGAUGCUGCUCCUCCUCAACAUGCAACACACUGCAUCCGCAUCCAAAGGCGUCGUUGCAAGUCUAAAAGCCAAAUGGCACACGACACCUUUCCUUUUGGAGACAAGUGAGUUUAUUGGAGAGGAUGGCAAUGAGAAAUUCUGGCAGUUUGUUGACACUGUAAAAGAGCUCACCGUGUACAAGCAAGGAGAGUCUGUGCGCUCCUACUACAACCUUAUCAUUAAGAAAGCCAACCAGUUCCUCACGGAUCUUCAAGUGAACCUGUUGAAAAUGGCUCUCUCGCUGCACUUCUACUCUCCAGCUGUUCACUCCUUCCAGCGGAUAGCCGAUGAUGAGCCGCCACCUGAGGCCUGUCCAGCUUUUGUCUCCGUUCAUGGCCAACAUAGCUGCAGUACAAAGAAGAUCAAGAAGCUUCUGAAGGCUGCUGCAGGCAGACCCCAUCCGUAUUUGUACAAGAAUGAUCACAUAUAUCCCGGGGCUAAUAAAACAGACGUCCCGGUCGUGAUCCUGUAUGCUGAGAUUGGAACCAAGAAGUUCACCACCUUUCAUACCGUGCUAUCAGAGAAGGCUGAUGGGGGAGCUCUGACAUAUGUACUGCGUCAUUUUGUGGCGACUCCAAAGCAGCAGAAGAUGCUUUUAUCUGGCUAUGGCGUCGAGUUGGCAAUCAAAAGCACAGAGUAUAAGGCGGUGGACGACACCCAAGUCAAAGAUUCAAAGACAAUCAUUAAGGCAGAGGAAGAUCAUAAUGACGAAGUUCAAGGAUUCUUUUUUGGAACAUUGAAGAAAUCUCAUCCUGAACUCCAGGAGCAACUGGGCGAACUUCGUAAGCAUUUACUAGACAGUACCAACGACAUGGCACCUCUCAAAGUGUGGGAGCUCCAAGACCUAAGCUUCCAAGCGGCUGCCAGAAUCCUGUCUGUGCCAAAGUUUGAUACUUUGAAGCUCAUGCGAGACCUCAGUCAAAAAUUUCCAAGCAAGGCAAGAUCACUGACAAGAGUGGCUGUAAACAGCAAGAUGAGAAAAGAAAUUGAGGAAAACCAAAAGCAUCUGAGUGAGACCAUUGGUGUUCACCCAGGAGACGGGGAGCUGUUCAUAAAUGGUUUGCCCAUUGAUCUGGAGGUUCACAAUGCUUUCAGCAUUUUGGAGAUCCUUAGAAGCGAGGCCAGGGUCUUGGAAGGUCUUCACAACCUGGGUGUGAAAGGAGAGCAUCAGGGCACGCUCCUGAGAUUGCCUGCAAACCACGUGACAGACAGCUAUGGCUUAGAUAUCAGACAUCCAGCUGUAAUGUGGAUGAAUGACAUUGAGAAUGACCCGAUGUACAGCAGCUGGCCAGCAGGUGUCCAGGAGCUGCUGAGAACAACUUUUCCAGGAGUCAUCCGACAGAUCAGACGGAAUUUCUUCAACCUGGUGCUAUUUCUCAAUCCGGAAGAGGAGAAAAGUGUCGAGCUGGUCAAACUUUCCGGGCUCUUCUACAAACACAAGAUCCCCCUGAGAAUUGGAUAUGUGUUUGUUGUCAACGCUGAAGAUGAGAUCGAUGGCUUCUCGGAUGCGGGGGUUGGCUUUUACCGACUCCUGAAUUACAUCGCAGACGAGUAUGAUUUAUCCCAGGCCCUGAUAUCCAUGGCCUCAUUGUACAACAGAGUUGAUGAAGGGGAAGCAUUGACGACUGACACCAUCAGUGCUUUCCUGAAGAGCAAAUUCCCUAAAGCCAAGGCUGAAAGGAUCUUCGGUGCUAAAUCAGAGUAUGAUGACAGAAGGAAGGAAGGCACCUUCUUCUACAAAAAGAGUGGCCUGGGUGCCCUUCCGCUGGCGUUAUUUAACGGCAUCCCGUUGAGCCCAGAUGAGAUGGAACCAGAUGAGCUGGAGAGCAUCAUCCUGCAGCACAUAAUGGACUCCACCACUGCCUUCCAGAAAGCUGUUUUCAUGGGUCAUUUGACUGAGGGAACAGAUGUGGUGGAUUACCUAAUGGAGCAAGCGAACGUCGUACCCAGAAUGAAUCCACUCAUUCUGAGUACAGACCGAAAGUACCUGGACUUCACUUCCUCUCCAGUUGUAAGUGACUGGGAAGACACAACUAUGUUUUCAUUCCUGGACUCCAGAGACAAGACAGCUGUGAUAGCUAAGAGAAUGAAAUACCUGACUAAUAAUGAUGAGGACGGGAUGAGCGCUGUGACCAUGUGGAUUGUCGGAGAUUUCCAGAAAGCCUCUGAAAGAAAAUUGUUGCUCGCUGCUCUUAAACAUUUGAGAGCCAGCCCUGGAGUACGUGUGGGGGUGAUUGCUAAUCCCAGUGGAAGGCCCAGCGAAGAUAACACGACCGUGUACCGGGCUAUCUGGGCUUCGCUCCUCACCCAGAAGAAUAAAGCUGUGGCUGAGUUUGUGCAAAAAAUUGCAAGGGAGCAAAGUUACCAGCUCCUCAUGCAGGGGACAAAGAUGAAGGACUUGCUGCUGCAGGGAAUGGACACGGAUGCCUUUGAGAAGAAGUUUAACACACUAGAGGUGGAUUUUGUCCGCAGUCAGCAGCUCUUCUGCCGGGAUGUCCUAAAACUGAGUGCCGGACAGAGGGCGGUCAUCAGCAAUGGCAGGAUCCUCGGGCCACUCGAUGAGCAGGAGGAAUUCACUGCAGAGGAUUUCCAAUUGCUGGAAAAGAUUACUCGGAGCAGCUCUGCUGAGAAAGUCAAAGCCCAAGUUAAACUGACGGGGAUGAAGCCAAAGCAUGCGAGUGAUCUGGUCAUGAAAGUCGAUGCCCUGGUCACUGCAGCCCCCAAGGGAGAAGUCCGAAGGGAUGUGCAAUUUCUUAAAGAGAGCCACAGCGUGCUGCAGCUCUCGCCCCGAGAAAAUGAGGUGUUCUAUGAUGUGGUGGCCAUCGUUGACCCGCUUACCAGGGCUGCGCAGAAGAUGUCCCCCCUGCUGAUUGUUCUCAGUCAAGUGGUCAACUUAAGGCUGCGGUUGUUCAUGAAUUGCAGGGGCAAGUUGUCCGAGAUGCCCCUCAAGAGCUUUUACUCUUUUGUGUUGGAGUCUGAUGUCACCUUCUUGGGCAACGACACCAUGUCUGCUGGUCCGGUGGCCCGCUUCACAGAGCUCCCCGAAUCGCCACUUCUCACCCUUAAUAUGAUCACACCAGAGGGCUGGAUGGUGCAGGCCCUCCGCAGCCCCCAUGACUUAGAUAACAUCCACCUCCAGGAGGUGAGCGGGACCGUGACGGCAGAGUACGAGCUAGAGCACCUCUUGCUCGAGGGCCACUGCUUCGACCUGUCGACCGGCCAGCCUCCCCGUGGACUACAGUUUACCCUGGGCAUGAGUCGAGACCCUAUCAUGUACGACACCAUCGUCAUGGCUAACCUGGGGUAUUUCCAGCUGAAAGCCAAUCCUGGUGCCUGGAUGCUCAGGCUGCGUAAAGGACGAUCGGAGGACAUCUACCAGAUUCUGUCGCACGAUGGAACCGAUUCCCCAGGAGAUGCAGGUGACGUUGUUGUGUUGCUGAACAGCUUCCAUAGUAAGAUCAUUAAAGUCAGGGUGCAGAAAAAGGCAGAGAAAAUGAAUGAAGAUCUUUUAAGUGAAACGAGUGAAAGCAAAGGCCUGUGGGACUCCAUAGCAAGGAGAUCUUAUUCGUCCCCGGGCUCCAGACUCCAUUAUUAUGCUGUAAGAGCUAGUCUUGCAAAAAAUAUGUGCUUCUGUAGCAUCGCAGGAGGAGGCCCCAAGAAGGAUGAUGGCGAAAAGAAGGAGGAUGGUCUAAACAUAUUUUCAAUUGCCUCUGGUCAUCUGUACGAGCGCUUUCUGCGGAUCAUGAUGCUGUCCGUCUUUCGCCACACCAAAACGCCUGUCAAGUUCUGGUUUCUCAAGAAUUACCUCUCCCCUUCCUUUAAGGAGACCAUCUCCCACAUGGCAGAGUCAUACGGCUUCCAGUAUGAGUUGGUGCAGUACAAGUGGCCACGCUGGCUCCACCAGCAGACCGAGAAGCAGCGCAUCAUUUGGGGCUACAAGAUCCUCUUCCUGGAUGUCCUCUUCCCACUGGCUGUGGACAAGAUCAUCUUUGUGGACGCCGACCAGAUUGUUCGAGCUGAUCUGAAGGAGUUGCGAGAUCUGGACCUGGAGGGCGCUCCUUACGGCUACACGCCUUUUUGUGACAGCCGCACAGAGAUGGACGGCUAUCGCUUUUGGAAAAGUGGCUACUGGGCGUCGCAUCUGGGACAAAGGAAGUACCACAUCAGCGCGCUCUACGUGGUCGAUUUGAAGAAGUUCCGCAAGAUAGCGGCCGGCGACAGACUGCGAGGACAGUACCAAGCCCUGAGCCAGGACCCCAACAGUCUGUCAAACCUUGACCAGGACCUUCCCAACAACAUGAUCCACCAGGUCGCAAUCAAGUCUCUCCCUCAGGAGUGGCUGUGGUGUGAGACGUGGUGUAACGACGCCUCCAAAGCGGCCGCCAAGACCAUCGACCUGUGCAAUAACCCCAAGACCAAAGAGCCCAAACUGACGGCGGCGGUGAGGAUCGUACCGGAGUGGGUCGGCUACGACAAUGAAAUCAAGCAGCUGCUCAAAGGAAUCCGUCAACGGGAAGACGACGCCACGUCAAAACGGACACCGUCGCAACGUAAUGACGGCCACAAGCGUGAUGAACUUUAGCAAGCGGAUCAAGUGAGGACGCCUGAAGUCAGACGAUGCCACGCACACUCUGGAUUAUAUUUGGAAUCUUUGCCACGUGUGCUUCAGCAGUCAAUUCGCACCAUCCGCGCCUGACACCUGAAGUGUUAAAAUUACCAAGAGGGACGUCGCUACUGACACACUUGGAACCGUGAAGGAGGGAGAUCAGGUUUGUGUUGGGAUACAUUGCACUGAAAUCCUGUCUUAUUAUUUGACAUUGUUAAAAAAUAGUUUUUCAAAUGUUGGAAGCGCCCACAGAAGAACAAGCAGCUUCCAUUGAUCAUCAAUGAUCACGUCCAUUAGUCUGACCAUCGUAGCAGUCAUGAGUUGAAUGAGAACCACUGCAAGGGAAAAAAAGUCAUCAAGUUAUGACUGUAAUGUUGUAAAAUACAUAUUUUUGGAGUAAAUGUCAAAAUUCCCGUGCGAACCUAAAGUUUUUAACCCAACUUUUUUUUUCUGUAAUUGGAAUUCCUAAAAUGUUCCAAAAAUAAGAAUACAACCAUUUCCUCGUAAAAAUCCUUUUAAGAAUAUUUUUUUCUCCUGUAAAGUGACUGAAUCCCGGCAAAUUUACAACGUUAUUCUUAAUAAUUCUGCAUUUUGUUUCCCCUGUAAUGCUCCCAAGAUGAUAAUUUACCACAAGAAUACCCCUACUCACCCCGCUUUUAUAUUCAACACCAAAUAAUCAUUUUGUAUAAACUGUUGCCUAGUAACAGCACCUGGACAUUAAAGGUCUUUCAAAUUUAGGCAUAUGCCAGAAAGGGUUCACCCCCUCAUGGAUAGCAACUCCCUUUCCCAGGACAACAGCAAUAUUAUGAAUCAAGAUUUUCAUGUCAAGUGCAUCCUUUUUCUUCAGCGUCGUCCAGUUCAUUUUUUAUUUUUGUAUGAAGAGUAGCCGUAAAUGUUAACCUAGCCAGAUCAGUACAAUUGCGGUGAAAUCUGUGCAAAACUAGCACGUGUAGCAGGCUGAGCUAAUCUCAAAUAAGAAAAUGAAAACGGGACCUGACUGUGUUACUGGUUUAUCAUCUUUCAGUGUCUGUAUAUGAUUUUUAACUUAUUACUUUGCAUCUUAGUUGAAAUGUCGCACCUUCCAAAAAUAACGGCCGAAGUAAUUUUUCGGUUUAAAAAAAAACAAAUGAAUGGAAAUGCCGUCAAUCAGUUCCAGCAUCCCAAAAAGAUCCAACAAAAAUGUUUGUAAUGAGAAAUUGAUCAGGAAAUUAAAACCGUUUUUGCCAUGUUUUACUGGACAUUGUGGUGCACCUGCCUUGGCCACCAGGGUGCAGUAUAAUACAUACAGCCACAAUUGAAGUUUCCCAUCUAAGUAACUCAGUAAGCUGCAGUGAUGUCAGCCAUUUUUCACAGAGGAUAAACAAUAUAUGCUUGUGAGUAUUGUCAUUAUGUCUACCUGUUUUUCAGUGUUUUGAGUUCAAACAUCUGUUGCUAAACGGGUUAGAACAUCACGACACGGACAUUCAUUAGCCUGUCUGUGACGUUAGCUAUACCUUAAAUAGGUCUGCUAAGCUAAGUGGCUGUUUUGGAAUUCUGUUUUAUGUUUAGUUGAGACAUAAACACUAACUGGGAUUGACAUCUUGUCAUAAAAUGACUGACAUUC